UUCAUUUCGCUUCAUUUCGCUUCAAAACCUCGUGACGAGCGGUUGCCGCGACUGCCGCGUUCGCUGUCUUUCCGAUUUCCUCAAAAACCAAGCCACUUUUGUAUCAAACUGCAACAUUUUUUUUCGAAGCAACACAAACAAUAACCUGUUAAGCAAAACAAAACACUACAAAGCCGCGUUAAACAACCGCAUAUAUAUAUUUAUAUAUACAACACAACACAACAAGCCGAAAAUCACUUGAAAAAUAUUCUGUGUGUGGUGAAAAGUGAGUGUUUAUUUUUGGGAAAUAGAAAUAGUUUACCAAACCACAAUCGCUUCCAAUGGAAAUCAUGUGCCUACAAAUGCAAAUUGCUAUUUGAAAAAAAAGAGAAAAAAGUCCAACUCAAGCCAAUCAAAUACAAAACGUGUUGGUUAAAAGUCAAAUAACAAAAAAAAAUAAAAUACAAAUUCAAAUAACAACAGUCUCUCUCUCGCGCACACAAAUAUUUUUAUAUAUAUGUACGUACAUAUAUAAAAUUGCAUAAAAAUAUUUUUUACUCAAGACGAGACACACAGAUACAGAUACAUUCGCCGCACACAGGCGACGACGACGUGGCCCCCGCUUUCAGUGUGUUGGUGUAUCUGUGUGUGAUUGUGCGACGCCAGCAGCGCAGUCGACGUCGCUGCUCCAACAACAACAGCAACAACAACUACUACAGCAGCAGCAGCAGCAGCAGCAGCAACAACAACAGCAACAGCAAUAGCAACAACAAUAUACCACCGCCGGUCGCCAAAGUUGAUUAUUAUUAUUUUUUGGCACGCCAAAAAUCGCAGCGAAUAUAAAAUAAAACGAGGCUGGGCGAAAAAUAAUAACAAAAUCAAACAACCGUCGCCGGCGUCGUUUUUGUGUUAAUUAAAUUUACUUUUGUGAAUGAAAUGCGAAAGAAAGCAAAGCGAAAAAUCAUCGUUAAUAAAUGCUAAAUAAAUCGAGCAGUCGCGAUCGCGAGUAAGUCGAAUCUAAAGAACCCCCGCUCCAAAACGCCAUUGGAUUAUAACCAAAAAUCUUAAGCUACAUAUUUUGGAUACACGACGAAGCAAAAAAAAAAAAAAAGGAUUACACAACAUAAAUUACAGCACACACAUUUAUGGUGAUAAAUUACGGAAUUUGCACCACGGAUUGCUUUUGAAAAUCAAUAAAGCAAUCGCUGCAUUCAGCUGUCUGAAUCUGCGAAAGGAUGAAGGCAGACCGAGCUGAGUCCGGGCGCAGCAACUACGAUCGGCGGCAUUGAGGAUCGCGGAUCCGGAUCCGGAGGUGGAGGUGCGUUCUCGAUUCCGAGGUGGAGCGAGGAGCGUGGAGCGUGGAGCGUGGAGCAGCGGAGGAGCCGGAGGAGUGGAGCAGUGGAGCAGUGGAGCAGUGGAGGAGUGCAGCUGGGGGAGGAGGAGGAGUCCUGGUUACAACACUACAUGGAUCGCAGAAAUGGCGGCGAUCCCUUGGCGCCACCCCGGCCCCCGAAGUUAUUACCCCGUGUGCAUCGACCAAGGGCGCCGGAGCCGACAUUGAGUGGCGUCGUACAAGGAGUGGGUGCAUCAUCAUCAGCAGCAGCAGCAGCGACAACAAUCCAUAACAACAAUUCACAGCAGCAACAACUUAGUAUUACCGCGAGCAACAACAGCAACCACAACAACAAUAACAAUAACAAUAACAACAAUACGAUAUCGAUAAUACCCGCAUCGGCGGACUUCGACGACUAUCAGAUCCACCACUUGACCUUCCUGCCGCAACGUCCCAGCAGUCUGAGCCGCAACAGCAGCACGGCCUCCUCGACGACGGGCAUCAGUUCGGGAUCGGUGUCUGGUUCCAGUUCGAGUUUCACGCGAAGACGACCGCCGGCACCUGCUCCGCUGCUGGUCAGCAACAACAGCAGCAGCCUAAACAACAACUUCCUUAGUCAUUUCCAAAGCGCUGAGCCGGCGAGCAACGCCCUGGGCCAGCCGCCCGCCUCUCCCGUCACACUGGCUCAACCGCGACCCGAAUCCGAAAGGCUAACCAACGAGUAUGUGGACACGCCGCUGCAACAUGCGACGCGGUCGCAGCAUCCGGCUGGCCAGCAGGAUAAUGGCCAGACAACCACCCACCAUCUAUUGCUGCUGCCGCAGAGGAACCAGCACCUGCAGCAGCAGCUGCAGCAACAGCAACUCCUGCAGCAACAUCAGCAGCAACAGCAGCACCAGCAACAGCAGCACCAGCAACAGCAGCACCAGCAACAACACCUGCAGCAAAAUGCAACGCGACUGGCGACGACGACGCAGGCGACGUCCCUUGGAAGCGACCACACCGACGGCUUACUACAUUCGCACCUGCACACUAGCCCUAAAGCACCGCCACCACCACUACCCGCCUCGAAGCAGCCACCCAGAUUGGGUUUGGGAUUGGGUCUGAACCAGCCCAUCAUCACCAAACAGCCGGGUGUGGCCGCGCAAAAGGAGCACAUGCAUGCGUUAGAGGAACUACUCCAGAACGGAGGUGGAGUGUCCGGCAGCGGGGGACCCCUGGUGAUGGCCGGCGAUCCCAGCCUGCUCAACCCCAAUCCCAUAGUGUGUCCCCGUUGCGGACGCUGCCGCUGCGAGCAGUGCCAGAGCCCCCGGCCCUUGCCACAGACAUGGGUGUGCAACCAGACGUGCCUGUGCAGUGCCGAGUCGGUCAUCGAUUACGCCAGUUGUCUGUGCUGUGCCAAGGCCCUGUUCUACCACUGUGCCCGGGACAACGACCUGGACUGCGACGAUGGCAACGGCACGCCCUGCGUGGACAAUCCCUGCUCCUGUGGACCCUACAAGCGGACGCAGCGAUGGGGCUGGCUGGGAGCCCUCUCCAUCUUCCUGCCCUGCCUGUGGUUCUACUGGCCCAUGCGGGGUUGCAUGAAGCUGUGCGAGAAGUGCUACGGCCGGUUCGCGGGCCGAGGAUGCCGCUGUCAGGGCAUCGGUGGCGGCGGCGGUGGGGCAACAACGGGAGGAGCCAACGGCAUUGGGUCCACCAGCAGCAUGCUGCCCAUAGUGCCCCUGGCCAUCAAUGGCAGCAAUCUGGGCGGCAACGGGGUGAGCCUCUCCGGCGGAGCGACGGACGGCGGACUCGGCCAGACCAAUGGCAAGGCCAUGGAGCACGGAUGCAGUGCCGCCAGGAGCAUACUGCGCAAGGGGGAUCUCACGCCGGAGAAGCGACUGCUGGACUCCAGUCCCGACUACUAAGUUGAGCCACGUUUUGUGCCCGGUUUUUCCACGAGCAAAAAUCACCAAAGCACAAUAAGGCAAACCUAAAGAACAUCGAGGACAUAUACACCCCCAUAUAUAUAUAUAUAUAUGUAUAUAUAUACGGAAAAUAUUUAAUAUAUGAUUUAAAAAAGAGAGGAUACAUAAAAAAGAGGAAGGAAAGAUAGAAAAGAAAGAA